AUGGACCUCACCUGCAAGAACAUGAAGCACCUGUGGUUCUUCCUUCUGGUGGCAGCUCCCAGAUGUGUCCUGUCCCAGGUGCAGCUGCAGGAGUCAGGCCCAGGACUGGUAAAGCCCUCGCAGACCCUCUCCCUCACCUGCGCUGUCUCCGGGGGCUCUGUCACUGACAGUUACUAUUGGAGUUGGAUCCGCCAGCGCCCUGGGGAAGGGCUGGAGUGGAUGGGGUACUGGUCAGGGAGCCCAAGCUACAAUUCGGCUUUCCAGAGCCACAUCUCCAUCACUGCUGACACGUCCAAGAACCAGUUCUCUCUGCAGCUGAGCUCUGUGACCACUGAGGACACGGCCGUGUACUACUGUAACCCUCUAGGUUCCAAGGUGAAGAUCCAUAUAUGUCCCCUCGUGGUUCUGACCGGGGAAGGUGUGGGGUCUCCAGGGGAACCUAAACGACAUAUGAGGCUCCUGUAA